AUGGCUGACAACAACUCCUCCACCACGGGUUCCAAAGAGCCCACUCCUGGCGACAUCUCUUUCAUGGUUCACGUCUUUCGCCACAUGCAAGAGAAGCCUGUACUUGACUGGGAUGCAUUUGCCGUUGCGGCUGGCUUCAAAAGUGCAGGUGUCGCUCUGACCCGAUACGGUCAGAUUAAACGCAAGUUCGGCACCAACGAGAUGGCUACUACGCCGGUCAAGAAGCGCAAAGCUGCUGGCGAGGGUAAUUCUGCCUCCAAGGUCAACAAGACGGGUGCUGGUCGCGUCGGCACCAAGGGAAAGAAGGGCAAGACCGCUUCCAUGGCCGAGGAGAACGAAGACUAUGCCAAGAUCAGUUUUAAGACCGAGGAGAGCGUUGACUAUGGAGCCUCUUCGAUCAAGAAGGAAGAUUUCGGCAGUGGUGACGCCAAAGGAAUGAAAGGCAAAAACGCUGCCAUGCCCCUGAAGAUCGAGGACGAUGGCGAUGAGGAAGUCGGUGCUUUCUGCAUCAAGCUUGAAGAACAGUCCGAGAUCUAA